UUUUUGUUAUUACCACUAAUUUCCCCACCGAAGUUAGCGGUAAUUCCAACCAAUACACUUUGACCCUUUUGUAGAGAGUCGGCCAUAUUUCAAAGUAAUUUAUUAUUCACAACGUCGACAAACUACCCUAGGAUCAUCUUUCAUCUUCGUCUUUGACAAUCAUAUUCUGAUAUUCGCUUCUUCAAGUUCUGGAACCUUCGUAAUGGCACAGAAAACGCCGGUUAGCCUGAUGAACGAGCUUGCGAAAGCGAACAAACUUAACCCCGAGUACAAAGUCAUCGAAGAGAGUGGACCGGCUCACAAGCGAACGUUCACCGUUCAACUGACUUUGGGCGACGUGGGUAAGUGGGAUGGCCAGGGAACAAGCAUCAGAAGUGCUCGACAUGCAGCUGCUACUGUUGGAUUGGAAAAGUGUGGUCUGUGCAAGCCAGAAGUCGAGAAGCCUCUUAUUCCACAAAUGAAUGUAACCUCCACUGUUGUGCUGAACGUGCUGGCUAUGAAACUUGGCAAGCUGACUCAGUACCAUGAUUUACAACCCAAGAUUCCAUCAUACCAACGACCUGUUAAUGUGGGUUACCAAAACCUGCAGAUGCAACACCAGAUACCCGGGGUUCAUCACAGAGGGCCACUGCAUGCUCGAACCCACUAUGGGAUGUCCCAUCCUGGCCAGGAGCAGCAUUUUCCCCCUUACAUCCAAAAUGGCUAUCACCCCCGUUCUGCCCCGCCACGUGUACCAAGAAUCAGCUGUGUUAAGCUGGUGGUUGGAGAUCAGGAAUUUUAUGGUGAAGGGCGUGACAAGCAGUCUGCACGCAAAAGUGCUGCGGCAAAGGCUGUGAAAGUUUUGCAAGAAGAGCUGGCUGCUGCGGGAGAGAAGAAAAACUCGACCAUGAAGGCAGAUGAGCCAGCUAAUGUUCAAAAUGGUGAAGGAAAUGCAUCACAGUCUGAGGAUGUGACCAAAGGCAGUACAACUGAGAUGAAAUCAGAGAUAAGUAAAGUAUAUGAAAUAGCAGCUAAACGGAAACUCCAGGUAGGGUUUGAAGAUGUCAAGAGCAGUGGUCCUCCCCACAUGAAACGCUUUGUGGUGAGUGCCACUGUUGGUGAAUUUGUCACUACAGGAGAAGGCUGUAAAAAGAAAGAUGCCAAGCAAGAGGCAGCAAAGAAAAUGCUGGAAGAACUGAAAAAGCUUCCAGAGCUACCAGCACAAGAGACAAGCUACAGGAAUGCCGGCCGGUUUGUGCGCCGUGGUCCACGUAUUUCCAAGGACAAGCAGGCAAAGGGGGAAAUAGACCCGUCUAUGAAUCCUGUUAGCAUCCUUGGACAGAUUCUUCAGCGCAGACACGAGCAACCACCAGUUUAUGAGCUUCUUCACGAGAAAGUGAAUGCAAAUCAGCGAGAAUUCACCAUGCAAGUGACUGUGGGGCAACAUAAGGCAACAGGAGCUGGCCCAAAUAAGAAGGAGGCCAAGAAGAAAGCUUCUGAAGCUAUGCUGCAGUUGAUAGGCUUUCGUUCCAGUGAGGGAAAGUCAGCUAGUGCUCAGGUAACCUAUCUUAACCCUUUUAAAACCUAGUUUUCAAAAUUUGAAUUCUUAGUUGUUUUCUACACACAUUUCCAAUAGAAACAGUGAAGAGAUGUUGUGUAAGUAUGAAUUUAAUUCAUCUUAUGCGAUCUUGUUCUUAUUCUUAUGAUGUAAGGAGAAAUUUCAUGCUGAUGGUUCUUGGGUUGUGAAGGCCUUUUUUAACUCCAAUGAACAGAGCCCUCUAUAUAUUGAACUAGUGCCUGGCGAAAAGCUUUAAGUGUCCUGUGAUCAUUGGUAGUCUCUUCUCACAAAUCAUUAUAUUUGUAUUGUUUUUUGAAACAGAGAGAAUGUGACGUUAGGUCAAGAGUCCCUUAGAGGGAAUAGGCUAUUUUUUACUUUCUCUACACAGGACUUUGGGCAAAAACUUUCAUACAAAAUUUUUCUUUCUAGUAAGCAAAUAAACCUUUUUGUCUCUUGAAAGGUUUUUUACUUGGCCCUAUUUUGAAAAUGAGGGUUGAAAAUUAAUUAUUUUUGUCUCUGGGCCUGUAAAUAACUUUAAGUUUAUAAAAUAAUAUUAUUGUAGCUUUCUUGCUCAAGGUAGGGAUGUGANGUCCACGUAUUUCCAAGGACAAGCAGGCAAAGGGGGAAAUAGACCCGUCUAUGAAUCCUGUUAGCAUCCUUGGACAGAUUCUUCAGCGCAGACACGAGCAACCACCAGUUUAUGAGCUUCUUCACGAGAAAGUGAAUGCAAAUCAGCGAGAAUUCACCAUGCAAGUGACUGUGGGGCAACAUAAGGCAACAGGAGCUGGCCCAAAUAAGAAGGAGGCCAAGAAGAAAGCUUCUGAAGCUAUGCUGCAGUUGAUAGGCUUUCGUUCCAGUGAGGGAAAGUCAGCUAGUGCUCAGGUAACCUAUCUUAACCCUUUUAAAACCUAGUUUUCAAAAUUUGAAUUCUUAGUUGUUUUCUACACACAUUUCCAAUAGAAACAGUGAAGAGAUGUUGUGUAAGUAUGAAUUUAAUUCAUCUUAUGCGAUCUUGUUCUUAUUCUUAUGAUGUAAGGAGAAAUUUCAUGCUGAUGGUUCUUGGGUUGUGAAGGCCUUUUUUAACUCCAAUGAACAGAGCCCUCUAUAUAUUGAACUAGUGCCUGGCGAAAAGCUUUAAGUGUCCUGUGAUCAUUGGUAGUCUCUUCUCACAAAUCAUUAUAUUUGUAUUGUUUUUUGAAACAGAGAGAAUGUGUCAUUAGGUCAAGAGUCCCUUAGAGGGAAAAGGCUAUUUUUGACUUUCUCUACACAGGACUUUGGGCAAAAACUUUCAUACAAAAUUUUUCUUUCUAGUAAGCAAAUAAACCUUUUUGUCUCUUGAAAGGUUUUUUACUUGGCCCUAUUUUGAAAAUGAGGGUUGAAAAUUAAUUAUUUUUGUCUCUGGGCCUGUAAAUAACUUUAAGUUUAUAAAAUAAUAUUAUUGUAGCUUUCUUACUCAAGGUAGGGAUGUGACUUUUGAGCAUAAUUUGAAAAAAAGCACCAUGCAUGUCAAUAGACUGAUUUUAAAGGAUGUAGUCACUGAUUCGGUUCUUUUAACCAAAGUUGAUAUUCUCUUCUAAAUGCCCUUAUGCCAUCCUUUUCUCCGCAGGGAGACAAAACGUCAAGUGCAGAGAAAACUAAUGGUGACGAGAAAGGCUCAUUCAAUGGUACAGAACCUGGCAGCCAUCAUGUCACCAUCCUAGGCCGUCAACUGAAACCAGGUCUGCUGCCUAUGGUCCCUGAACUAGCCAAACAGACUCGAUCGGACAUGAUGAAUGCAGUAGUUGCUCCCAUUGCACAAGUGAAGCAUGAACCUCAGGUAAAUAAAUCUGUGGUCAGCAUGGUGCAAAGAAAGUCAGUUUUACAGCCUGCCAUUCGGGCAAGCUGUAGCUAGCAUGUACUAGCCCACAAGUUAUUUCAACCACCCCCCAAACCAUUUUUGAUCAGCAGGAUUGAGCACAAUCCUUCUGUAAUUUGAAUUUCCCCAAAAAACAGCACUCGCCCGUCGGGCAAGUUAAGAACAAGAAUCGCUAGCCCGAUGGCAAAAUCCAGUAGCCCUGGACUAUUGGACACGACUUUGAACGCUGGAGGCAUUCUUAUUAUUCUUUUGCACAAAAUUUGAUGGAGGAGCAGAAGGUACUCCUUAUACAUUUACUUUACAAGUCGUCUGCCACCCCUCAGGUGCUAACCUGUCAACAGCGUAGUUAUGGUGCAUCGAGCUAUAAAUGUGAGCCAGUAAGAUUUUACUGAAUAAUCUUGUGGCUUGUAGGAAGGUGCAAAUAUAGUUUUCAGGCAGGAGAAAAAUGGCAUGUUGAGAUUUUGUUUAGAGAUUGGUUGAGAUGUCACUGUUACUCUUGCAAAUUUUGCUUAACCGUAGGUGAUGUUCAAUUGCUUACACCGUAAUGCUCACUUUCUUCUGGUACUAACCAGGUCAUAAAGAGAUGCAAGGGAUAAAAUUGUUUAUAAUCUAUAGCAGAUGAGUUGGGUGUGAAAAAUAAUUUUAGGAUGAUUUUGAAGUGAUGUUCUAAUAUUUAUGCAGUGGUUACCAAAGAAUAAUUCUUUCAAGUUAAACUUACCUGUCAAGAGCUGCACGAUGAGCUUUGGCUACUAGCAAAUGAAUCACACUGAAUAUUCGAAUAGGCAAUUUUGCAACUGUAAUUCUUCAUGAAAUCACUUCUAGUUUAUGUGGCUGUUUGGAAUUGCUCAUUAAAUUACCCCCAAAAAUCCUACCUUAAGUUGCCUGCCAUGCAAAUACCGUUUAAACAUUGGCAGUGUGUGGUGGCAAUUUUGUGUCAGUGUGUUACCCAUUUUUUCCUCUUCAAGGUGAUUUCUUAGAGUAUUACAAGGUUAUUUUCCCAGAGAAUAAAAAUUACCUCCUUGAGUUACAUGAUCUUUGUUUUUCAGGAGCCCGCAUUACAGGGAGGGCUAAACCGUGCGCCAGGCGCUCCUGUUGUCAAGACAGCGCCUGCUAUGUUAACGUCUGUCCAGAAGCUGCUGCAUCUAGCUGAAGUAGAAGGAUUAAGAGUACAAUUCACUGACUACCCUAAGGUUAGUUUAAUAACCUUAGCCUUAAACUUCUCAUCAAUCAUCAUCUGACAUCAAAACUUUGUUAACGUGUCUUAGUAGCUAGCCGAGGGUAAUACCCCUCUACUAAUUGGGGACACUUAAUGAUAUAAUUAAGAAAACCUAUUAACUAGUAAAUGAUCAAGAGCCUAUUCGGUACUAAAAGCCUAGUUACUUAAGAUUUAAAAAAAGUGCCUAAAAUAGAAAUCCAGUCUGGAAAAUUUCAUUCUGUUAUGAGUUGCAAAGAAUGCAGUUCAUUCAAUUAUCAUCUUCUACCAUCACGCUUAGAUCACGUCUCCGAAUACAAAGUUUAAACCUGCAUGCUUCUACAUGCAUAUUCUCCACUUUGUUCUCCUUCUUUCAUUUCCUAUGUUACUUGUGCAACUUUUACAGUCAGCUGAUCUUUUAUUUAUCUUCUUUUUCUCUCUCUCUCUCUCUUGUGACUUAAUGUUUGACUAAGUACUAAAAUGCUAAUUAGCAGUAGUUUUGGAUGAGGCCGAGUAUGAUCUGAAGAAUUAUACAGACCAAGGAGUUUGUUAUUGGCCUUGACAGAUGACACCCUUCCAGAGUACUAUUUUGAAUGAAUAAUAAUGAACUAUUCACAGUUUUAAAACUAUGCUAAAAUAUGCUUAUCUUGUUCAAUGUUAAGUUCCCUUCUUUAUUUGCAUGUUCCUUGGCAAAUUCAGGAUAAAAAGGGAUGUGUAGUUUGGCAGAUAUUCUUUAUCAUAGUCGUCCAUGAAGUUGUAUUUUUGCCAUCCUUGCUAUGUUUUUAGGCAGUAGUUUGGCUAUUUUGUCUUCACAAAGCUUGUGAGAUUUUUACUGCCAUUUUCUACAGCUCUAGCAAAACAAUACAAAACCUUGUCCCCAGGGUUCUUGUUACAGGUGUAUAUCUGUUCCUUAUUCUUUGCACUUUCCAGGAGAGAGAAUAUCUGACUCUAGUCACAGUGACCUCCCUUCCACCUCUUACAUGUUAUGGUUCUGGGUUAACUGUAGAUGCUUCCAGGGAGGAGGCAGCAAAUAAUGCGUUAAAGGCACUGCUUCAAUCUGGUUUGGAUCGGUCAAGUGCAGUAAAAUCUCUCGAAGAAAAUCCAGGUACGUUGCAUCCUCAAAGAGCUCAUAAUGGUCUGUAAAAUUAAUGGAUAAUGGCCAAAUUAAUCUUGUUUUCUUUGUAAACCUGAUUUCAAAAGACCAGGGCCGGGUUGUUCUAAGCUAGGUUAAGAUAACCCCGGGUUAAUGCAUAAUUUGAACUCAGUUAUGGCAGCUUAAAAAGCCAAUUCAGUUAAAUUCACUUUGCGUAGAAUUUGAUGAUUGGAUACUCUAAAAAGAAGAGAGAAAAUUAUCCGAGAGACUGCUUUUGAUAAAAAUAAAAAUAAACCCGGGUUAAACCCCAGGUUAGCACUAACCGGCGUUCGAACAACUGGGCCCAGGGCCGAGUUGUUCAAAGCUGGGUUAAGGUAACCCAGGUUUAGAACAAAAUUUGAAUUUAAAAUCUCAAAAAUCAGAUUCAGUUUGGUUUAUUUUAAUUUGAUGAUUCAGUGCUCUUUUUAGAUGCAUCUUUUAAAGAAAUUAACUCUCUUCUUUUUAAACAGAGCAUUAAAAGCUGUAUAUUUUAGAUAUUUUAUGGCUUUUAAUAUUUUAAUCUAUCUGACAUUUUAACAUUUUUUUAACCUGUAGCUUAUAUUAGUUAAGUUCUUAGGUCUUAACUUUUUACUUUUUUAUUACCAUUCAUAUUUAUUUAUCUUAGAUCAUUUAUUUUUCUAUUGUUUUACAGGGCCUCACUGAAUAUCACUCUAUGUGAAGUGAGCUCCCUGUAUGAAGAUUAUUAUUAUUAUUAUUAUUAUUAUUAUUAUUAUUAUUAUUAUUAUUAUUAUUAUUAUUAUUAAAAAGAAUAGAGUAAACUAACUGCCUCAAUCAUCUUGCAGUUUUCAGUUUUGAAACAGUUUCUGUCUGGAAAUCAUCUACCAAGCUAACACUUUCAAACAGACUCACAGGACCACUGAGGCUUAUUUCACUUGCCCACUGGGCUUUUUGCUUGCCCAAGAUCAAAACUUACUUGCCCCAGGCAAUCGAACCUGGGUUUUUUCCUGCCCUGCAUACACUGUAGUUACUGGACAAUUGAGUGACUAUUAAAGCAUCUUGUGUGAAUAGUCAUAAACAUGCACUUAGAAGCUAAAAAGUAAGAAGCAGAUAUUAAAAAUGGCAAGCUUUUUCAAUUUCUCUUUGAAACCCAAGAGUUAGGUGUAACCUUGAUUGAAAUGUUUUUGUUUUCAUUGGUGAACUUUCAUUUCCUAAGUUCACCAUUAAUAUUGACUUUUUAUCUUGUUUCAUGUAGGAAAUAUGAAACCUCAAAUGUCUGUCAACUCUGAUGUGAAUGGUAGUGAUGAAGGAAGGGAAAUUCAAGUAAAGAAAGAAUAAUUUUUGCCUCAAUGCAACAAGUUGAGGGAUGGAUAGUAACAAUGUACGACCCAAUGUAUCUGGUUCAAAUGAAGCCCUUGAUUCUGUGUACAACAUUGGUAAUAUUCUGUGAAGUGCGUAAAACAUAACAAGUAGUGAGAAAGUGGUAAAAAAUAAUUAUUACAGAAACUAAAUAAUCUAACAGCCCAGUGAUAAAAUGAGAAUCCAUUGAAAUGAUUUUUUUUCUGCAAAAGUUAAUUUUCACCACUUUCCAGUGUUAAACAUCGUUUCAACAGUGUUUGUUAAAGUCAUAGUAUAAUAGUUGCAUAGCAAUCAGUUUUUAGUGUUCAAUUAAUUUUAUUCAAGCAAAGUUUUCAUUAGGCUAUAAGAGCAAGCAUUGUCAGAGAGAUUGUGUAACUUUUCAACUUUUCCAUCUGCUUAAAGUUAUCAUUAAAGUUACCAAUAACAUGGGUGGUUUAAACCUUCAAUUCCCCACCUAAAAUACAAAUUAUAAGUUAUUAAUUUGUAUUUUGUGUGGUGUGUUAUUGUAAGGUCGGCUCUCUCUUCGUUAACUCUUAAGCCUCAAGAUCCUCAUACAAAUUCUCCAGACUUAUCUCUGUACUUUUCCUUAAAAAUUACCUUUGGUUGCAUCUAAGAGUGGACACGAGACAAAAAAACAUGUUUUAAUUGGGUGCAAGACAUGACGUGUUUUGCCACCAAACAUUUGAAGUUUGAUAGCUGUUAAAGCAAACUGUUACACCAAAGGUAAGUUUUUAAUGUAUGUUUUUGAUCACCGCAUUCCGUUCAUAUUUCUUUUUUUCUCAACUUUCAGGCAUAUUUCUUGCUCGGAAACAGCACACUUGCCUUAACGUCUAAAAGUUCUUGCAAUGAAUAUUUUGUUGAGCAAAAACAAAAAGUCGAUAACAGCUGCCUACUCCAAACUUCGAAUGUUUGGCAGCAAAACAUGUCACCUUUGUAUCCAAUUAGAACAUGUUUUUUCUUUACGUGUAUAUGCUUAGGUGUAACCAAUGGUAGUUGUGAGAAUUUGAUUAUAAAAAACAAAGCAUUUUCCCUUUGGUGUUCUCUUCUUGAAUUCUUAUUAUCUAAUGUCUUGAUUAUGUAUUGAUAUUGUUGUGCGAAAACUGGUGUCACUACUUCUAGGACUCGAAGGGGUUAACUAUCAUCUCUCAGACACAGACUCCUUGUUAAAUCAAGCAGCCAGAGGUGGUCCCUGAUGUUUGUGAACUUACCCAACACAACGUGAGAGGAAAGGAGACAGUAAACCUUGUGUGACAAGCAUAACAAUAAUUUUGUUUGAAAUAACUUUUCACCAAAAUUCACUCUCCUUUAAACAGAUUGUUUUGAAAAAGACAAAAAAAAACAUUGUUAGGUGAAGAUCCCAACAAACACGCAAGUAAUAGGCCUAUCACAUUUGUCACACACAAGCGUUUUGCCGUUGUCUUCUUCCUACCCUCCUGUUGCAUAAACUCACUAUUGUUUAUGCAGCUAUUUUCUUAGACUCCGUAAACUGACAUCUCCUAGAAGGACAUGCAGACCUGGCCCCCACUUUGAUCAACUUAGAUCAUCAAUCAAACUAUAAAACAUUACAAUAUUGGGUCUAGUAGCCUUGAGGUUGUACAUUUUGUUGCCAGGAUUGAGGAUUCUAUCCCUAGUUUUGCAGGGUUAAAUUGGAUAAUAAUUAUAAUCUAUUAUAAUUAAGUACUCUAGCUAGUACAUCCUGGUAAAAUACCUGAAUAGAAAGGCAUGUGACCUUGUUCUACAUUUUAUCCAGUCAUUAUGCCAUAUUCCAAAAUUUCAACCAUGGGACUCACAAUAAUCUAUGCCAAAUGGCUGUAACAGUUUGAUAACUUUUCUCGUAUUGACCUAUUUCUUAUCUGUUAGUACACUAUUAAUUUUUGCUGACCACAAAUUUGAAUACUUAAUAUUUAUUUUUGGCCACCCAUUCUAAUUUGGUUGACAGCUCAGUUUUAUGAAAUUGGUCAGAAAACAUUGUCUCUGUACUGAUGCAAGCUAGACUUUGAAAAUGCUCUUCAGUAGUUUUAAGGUGUCUGAUGUGAUGAAAAGGUACCGAUUUUAAGGGGUAUUUAUUUAUAUAUUAAUUUACACUCUCCCUUGCUGUUUUUUUGUCUAAUUUAUGUGUGAUCUUGAAAGCUUUGCAUUUAAACCAGGGAAUCGUCAGAUACAGGCAUUUUUAUUACCCAUUGUUUUACUGGGCAUCAUGAAACAUUACAUAAUAAUUAAACCUAAGACGUCUGCUAGUGCUGCUUUGCUCGGGAGUGGUGGGCUGAUAAGAGCUCUUCAAAUCAUUAUUUAGAGAUGUUAAGUAUUCUAUUUUAGGGCAAAAAGCUAACAUGACCAUAGAAUACAUUUAAUAUACCAGACAGCAUAUCAAAAACGUUUUUCAUGAGGGUUUUCUUGAAGGAAAAGACUCGCAAACUGAAGAAAGCAUAGAUUAUUACGAGAAUAGGCAAACAAAGAAAUUGUACAAUAAAAAUGGCCAUGUGGUCCUCUUUCCUGUGAACAUGAUACUUAGUACACCUGUCAAGACACGAAAGCCAUGAAGAACCAUGUUGCUGUACUGUUGUUUUCUCAAACUUCAGUAUUUUGUGUUGUUAACCUGAUUUUCCAUACACGAUCAUACUCAAGAUACACCAUAAUUCUUUGAGAGUGGUUGUACGCGCAGAAUGGAAAUGCAAUGAAAGUACUUAAUGUUUUUGAAAGUCACAGAAAGUAACAUUGAUGACUCCUUUGUGAAGAUCGUGUCACAUACUGGGUAUCCGCUCA